AUGUCUACCGCCAACCCCGCCACCCGAGUCCAAACCAUCCGCUACAUGGGUUAUUUCGAUGACCUCACCGUCAAGAAGCUUUCUGCGAUGACUCAAAUCUCGUUCAUGAACGUCUGUUUGAACAUGAAGGACCAAAAAUUAAUCCAACAUGCCACCCAGACCCAAAAGAUCUACCUCCCUAUGCUCACGACGCUCUCCCUCGAGGGAAGCAGUCCCUUCUACCUCCUCCCCUUCAUCGACGCGCCGAACCUCAAGUCGCUUACCCUCACCGUAACCUCCACCGACCCCUUCCCUAGGAUAAGCAGACGUGAGGACGAGUACAAGAAACUCGCCCAGUUUCUCAGGCAGUUUCUCGACCAGCCCCAGGGCAUGCAGACUAAGCCGCUCUCGCGAAUCCGGACUCUUAAAAUCUAUGAUGCCCACAUCUCCGAUCGCGAGUGGCCCGAAUUCUUGGCUCAAAAGGAAGUCAUGGAUAUCAAUAAUGUCCAAAUAUACUUUGAAACCCCGGGGGCGAGGGUGGCGAGGUAUAUGGAGAAGUACAAGGGUGCUUUCGAGACGCUGGGAGGAGCGAACGGCCCGUACUUUGCGGUCUAUCGUGACGUUUCCUCGACCGCCACAAACUCGGAGAGAAGUUCCUAUCUUGGGUGGCAUAUGAAGCCGGGGACCUGGAAGCGCAGUGAAGAAUACCAUAAAUUUAUCGACCUCGCAUAUUCGCCCAAGGACAGGAUAUCAGUCCACCGACUCGGAUCGAAUGCUGGACCAGCCGGACAACCCAUCGCAAUCCAACGACUUUGA